AUGACAAAACGUAUAUCAUUUGUACGAGGUUUUCGUGUACCAAAAGAAAAAGAUAUUAAUGAAGCACUUGGUAAUGAUGCUUCAUUUUCGAAUGAAUUUAAAAGAUCAUUUAAUUCAUUACCACAUCCAACAAGUGAUUUAGAUUGGUUAGCAAAUUAUAAAGAAAAAGGUCAAACAUAUAAACGAUUUCUAAAUCAAUGUCCAUUUGUUAAUAAUAAUUCUUCAUCACAGAAAUAUAUUUAUUUAACAUUACUUGAUAAUGAUAAUCGUUUAUCAUUAUUAAAUAUUGAUCGUUUAAUUGAUUAUACACAAAAAUUUUUUCAAAUGGAAAUUAAACUUCUUCCUUUAUUUACAAAUUUUAAUUGGAAUGAGAAAAAAAAAACAUGGAUAUGUACAAUGAAAAGUAAAAAUGAUUCAAUAAAAGAUAUAACACUUCGUACACGUUAUAAUUCAACAAGUGAACAUUCACAAAUAUGUGUACAUAAUAUACUUAAUUUAUUAAAAACUUCACUUCCUAAUGAUGCUCGUUGUCUUGUUGCAAUUACAUUGCAUGAUUUAUAUUCAGAUGAAUCUGAUUUAUUUAUUGCUGGUUUAUGUUAUGGAAAUCGUAGUGUAGCAAUAUUUUCUUUUUUUCGUUAUGAUCCUCGUUUAGAAUUUAGUGAAGAAUUUUGGUAUGAUUGGAAAAUAAAAAAAAUUAAAACAAAAUUGAUGUCAACAAUUAUAUUACUUCGAUCAUGUCGUCUUCUUACACAUGAAAUAGGACAUCUACUUGGUAUUGAUCAUUGUAUUUAUUAUGCAUGUUUAAUGAAUGGAAGUGGACAUUUAGAAGAAGAUUUUUCUCAACCAUUAUUUUUAUGUCCAAUUGAUUUGAGAAAAUUAUUACAAUUAACAAAUUUUGAUUUUAUUGAACGAUAUGAACAAUUAUUAGAUUUUUGUAUAGAAAAUCAAUUCAAAGAUGAAAUUAAUAUAUUAAAAAAACGUAUAGAAAUAUUGAAAAAUGAUAAAACAAUGAUACAAACAAAAAAAAAUAAAGACUUUGAUUAUGAAUUACAACAAAAAUCUAAACGUUUGAAGAAAAAGUGA